AUGUUGUCACGCAACACAUGGAUCCGCGUCAUGACCCCUCGAGUCGCGCUCACGACGUUGGGUCUGCCGUCAUCUUCCUUGUCGGAUAUUUCACACGCCCGGGUGAAGAAGGCGUACAUUGCGCAGACGCUGCGUUGUCACCCCGACCUACAUCCCGAUGAUCCCGACGCGACAGAGAAGUUCCGGCGUCUCUCAGAGGCCCUCCGUGUGGCGUUGAAAUCACUUGAAAUGAAACUCCAUGCGGGGAUGACAAUGAAAAAUGUUCCCUUGGACGAUUCUCAAAGCGUGCUGGAUGCGCUACGUCACGCCAUCGCGGCGUACCACCACUGCAGAGACGCCACUCGUAGUGGUGGCGGUGGUGGUGUCGAGGCACAUCACGCGGAGGAGCGGCAUGACUCAUUUUCGUCCCAUUCAUUGGAAUAUGUCUCGUCCGUCUGCCAACGGGAGGCUCUCGCCAUGCGACGUGUGAAACAGUUUUGCGAAGAGCUUCCAGAGGUGCUUUGUGGAAAAUCAUGUGUCCUUUUUGAGGCAGUGGCAUUCUUUAAUGCUCGCUAUGUUGAGGCGAUGUCUCGUUGCGUUCUACGCUUUUCGAGGAACCUCCCCAUCAUCGUCAAUCGGGUGGUAAAGGGGCGAAAGAAAACUGUGCGCUACACGCGGAACCAGGCAAACUCCGGGUUCGGGACAGGCAGUCGACCUUGCCAGCAGCGCAUUGAGGACAUGGCAAUGAAGCCGCUUGUUCUUGUUGGGGCCCUCCUCUUUAGUCAGAAACCGAAGUCAAAAGCAGAGGUUUUUGCGGCACAGAGUCGUGAGAAUGGCCAGGCGUCAUUCGACCCCCACGAGGAGGUUAAAAGCACGUGUGGCGUGAUGUCCGAAAAGGAAAUAAAAAUCUGUGAGGAACUGAAAUGCACCAUUUACCCCUCCGAUUCAAUUGGUGAGAUCACAGAGAAAAUUGGAAGGUGGGAAGCGGCAAGUUAUGAGAGGUUGCAACUCGAGUUGGCGAUGGUAGAUACCACCUCUUUGCUUUCUGGGAUGUUGGACCUGACUGAACACCCCCUGACCGUCAUGCAUCACCUGCAUCUGCCAAAGGAGGUCUCAGAGAAGGUUUCUCUCACGCUACAAAAAAUUGUGUGUGGGUUUUGCUACCAUUGCGAUGAACCCACUCAUGAAAAUCGGGACGCGUGUGGCAGUGAUGAAGGGGGAGAAGAAGAGCAAGCUGAUGAAAAACGGAUUGCGGAUGGAAUCCGUCGUUGCCAGCAUUUGGCUCGUGUGACCACGUCGUAUAUUGAAGGGAACAUCACUUUGAUUUGGGACAGUGAGACCCCGUUAGUAGAGAGCACCGAGGAGGUGGCUGUAGGGGACGGAGACGAUCUUUUCUGGAGGUGUAUCAAAAGAGAUGAGAUGAAUCAAGACAUUGUAGUCACGCGUCACAUGUCAUGUUGCACGGCUGAAAUGAUAAGAUUUUAUGUUGCCGUCAAGUUAUCCAAAGACGUUGGAGAAUUUCUUAGUCGUUUGGUAGCUGCCAUGGAAAUUGUGAAGGAGCAAGCCGAGUAUGCCCAUUCUUUACUGCCACAACUACUUGCGAUAAGGGAAAAGGUGGUGAAUGAGGAAUUCAUUCCACGUGAAUCAAAUCCACGCUGUGAUGAGAAUACAUCUCCCUUGACGGAAGGGAGGGAAGUGGAACAAGGAAAGAGUGGAACAUGUCAGGCACCAAGAAAAAAAAAAGGGAAUUGGGCUUCAACUACAGAGUUGACGCAUUCAAAAGACUCCGAUUGUUUUGUCGAACACGCUCCGUGUGAGGAUAAUAAUGAGGAAGAGGCGAAGAAGCACAUGAAAUAUCUUUAUCGAGGGACAAUUCAUUGCUUUCCGCGUGUAUUCUCCAUGAAUACUGCACAGGAACUAAAGUACUGGCAGAUGUUGCAUGAGAACCGCAUCUAUUUGGCGCAACACGCUCCUGCUAUACAUCCCAUUAAUGUGUAUUAUAAUUGUCUACCGUAUAAGCCACAUCCAAAUGCCUUGCAUCCUGAAAAAAACUCAUUCAAUGAAGAAUUAAUUGGAGGAUGGAUGGGCGAAGCGGGGGAUGGGGCAGAUGACGCUGUUAUCACACACAAGGAGUUGGAAAGCGGCUCCGCAUUCCGCGAAUGGCUAGAAGACGUUGUGGAGCAGUCUUCGCUUAACAGUGAAUGCCACCGAAUUGUGGACGAGGCUGGAGUUGGUUAUGUCAUGCGAGAUCCCGCACUUCCACUCCCGCAAUAUCUUUCAUUUGUGAAGGUGUUCUGCGCAGCAGCGGGGGUGCGUGGGAUUCUCGAGGGCAAAGCGGGUAAGACCCGCACGGUUACCCCGGAAGACACUGGUUUGGUGAUUGUUGUCGGUACAGAGUGUGAUGUGCGAGAUGGUGGCCGUCUGCUUGUGCCAUGGUGGAUGGACCCAUCACUUCUCCUGGCAUUACUGCAGGACGAUUGUCAAGAUGGAGUCACUUUGAUUGAAGAUGGCGCGGACGGGUUUCUCACAAAAAAAAAAAGAAAAGAAAAAAAGUUCAAUGAUUUAAAUAUGGAUAAUAAGUAA